CCGUUCGGCGCAAAAAUUCAAACACCGAGCAGGAAGAAAGAGCGCAGCGUCUGUUACAUUAGGAGUUCUCCGCAAUCUGAAGAAAGCCGCUCCGGGUUCCAAACACUGCACAGGUAGCCUCCAUGCUUGCAUUUUGUCUCCAGCUGAGAUGAGUACCGCUUCCACACCUGUCUCCCGGGUACGCGCAGGAUGGACGUCAUCCUCCUUAAAGAACAAGGGUCUGUCCCCUGCCGCCUGCAGCACCCCGCUGCUGGCAGCCUUCCCUGGCAACGAUGAUGAACAGGAACGACGUCAGCGGCGAAGAUCAAGAGUCAUCGACCUUCAAGCUGCCAAUGACUCCUCCUUCAAUGACUCUGCAUCUCAUAGUGCUGCAGGAACUCCUGCUGCUGUGCCCAAGUUGUCAAACGCACAGAUCUCAGAGCACUACUCCACCUGCAUAAAACUCUCCACUGAGAAUAAAAUCACCACCAAAAAUGCUUUUGGUCUACAUCUGAUUGAUUAUAUGGCUGACAUUCUCAAACAGAAGGAUUCUGAGCUCACAAACUUCAAGGUGGCAGCUGGCACUCUGGAUGCUAGUACAAAAAUUUAUGCUGUGAGGGUGGAUGCUGUUCAUGCGGAUGCCUACAGGGUGCUGGGUGGCCUGGGUGCAGAGACCAAACCUGGAGAGGACCAUGGACUGAAAGAGGAGGACAGAGAGGAAGGAGUUGCUGGAGGUGAAGUGACUGCUAAGCAGCCGAAGAAGAAGAGGCCUCCUAAAAGGACUGUGGAGCAGAACCUGAGCAACAUCAAUAGUGCAGAGUCUGAGAGAAAGUGUGAGGUGGACCCCAUGUUUCAGCGGAUGGCCUCAUCUUUUGAUGAGAGCAGCACAGCCGGCGUCUUCCUGUCCGUUCUCUUCAGUGAAAACAGUCGCUGUGAACUACUUUUUCCUUCCUACAUGACCCUCCUUCAGUCCAGACCGUCUUACUCUCCCCCUCCUCCACAGGGAGUCCCUGUAUCCCCGUUCAUGGCUGGACUUCAACGUUCCCAGGAGAAAAGCUCCAUCUGCCCCUCUCUGCAGGACUUCUCCUUUACUAGCUGGAACCCUGAGCAGACCAUGAAUCAGCUCUUGGAGAAGAUGAAGCAGGGUGAACACGUGUUUGACGUGAACGCUGAGCCCGAGCCUGAAGAAGAUGACUGCCCUGAAUUUGAUGCCGACUAUGAGGGUGGACAGGGUGACUAUGAGGAGGGGACCAAAGAGCACAAGGAGGGUUGUGAAGCCUCUGGCUCUGGCAAUGGAAGAGAUGUGAUUCCAAUUGGACAGGCAGACGUUGCCACCAUGUGUCUGCAGCUGUCCUCUCAGCCCAGAGAGUAUUCAUACUUCAGCCCCAGGACUAUGGCCACAUGGGCUGGACCUGGCUACUGGCAGUUCAAGCCAAAGCACAAGUUGGACCAUUUGCCUGACAAGGAGACACGUAAAAGGAAGCCCAAGAAAACCUUUGAAAUUGACUUCAGUGACGAUGUCAAUUUUGACACUUACUUCCGCACCACAAGAGCUGCUACUACCAACAGCAAGUCUGCCCUCAGUGCCAGCAAUAAGAAAACUACUCUACCAGCAGACUUCCAGUUUCCCCCAGAGACGCUCUCCCAGCUCAGCCUCAAACCCUCCAGCUCGUUGAGUCAAGAAGGUCAGAAGAGGCUGUCUGGGGAGCUUGGAGAAGGGAUCGGAGACUACGACUACAACAAUGCCAACGACACAACCAACUUCUGUCCAGGUCUUGAGGGCGGUGACAGUGAUGAUGAUGUUGAAGGAUUUGCUGGUUUAGACAAUACCCAGCCUUCAGGUGACAACAUACCUCUAGCCUCACAAGAUCUAGAGGGCAUCUCUACCUAUGGGGAGGAUGAUCUAGUACCUGAACCACACAGGGUCAACAAGAUCGAGAUCAACUACGCAAAGACGGCAAAGAAAAUGGACAUGAAGAGACUUAAGAACAACAUGUGGACUCUUCUGACCGAAAGCCCAGAAAAACGCACAGAGGAAGUGUCAGCUGUGGAGAAAUCAGAGGUGUGUGGGGACAAAGCCUUCAGUGAGACCACAAAGACACUGCUUCAAAGGUUGCCAAACACAAUGGCUCAGAACCUUUCAGUGCCUCUGGCAUUUGUUGCUCUCCUUCAUCUUGCCAAUGAAAAGAAUUUGGAGCUGGUGAAGGUUGAUGACAUGUCGGAUAUCAUCAUCAGACAAGGCCACUGAGGUGAAAUGAAUGAUGGGAUAUUGUCUGAAGAGUCAUUUUUAUUCUUUUUUGCUGUCCUCUCUUAUUCUUGUCUUCUAUAUCUACUUUGGUGUUAUUUAGUAAAAGCAGUAUGUAAUCAGGACCUGUUCCUUUUUAUUCUGUACCCUUGCUCAUCCUGUGUAGAUAAUUUAACUGAUCAACCACCACACAAAAAAAUUUAUAUUGUCAAAAGAAAUAAAACCUUUUUUAAAAAAAAAAAAAAAAAAAAAGAGGAAAAUAUUAAGCCUUUUUUUAAAUGACUCUUCAUGAUUCCAAGAAUGAAAUGUACUAAUGCUAAUGCCUGCCAGGGAAAUAGUUUUCCAAAACUGUCAUAAUGACUUGGGUUAUUUUCAGCUGCUUGUUAUUCAGAGCAGCCUGCAGCAGUGUCUGACGUGACAGCAGGUAAUGAACAGUAUUUAGGCCUCACCACCGUCAUUCUAGAUAGAGGUGAAACAGGUUGAUCAGGCUUGAUGCUGCUGGUUGGGUGGGACUUGUUAUGACGUCAGCUGAGCUGAGAAAGCCACAACAGUUUUAUGUUCUUAAGAAGAGUUAUGUCACUCAUCGAUUUAUAUGAAAUCUUAGCAGUAACUAUGUAAUUAUAAUCCCAAAUUUUUACCACUAUCUUUUGCUAAUGUGGAUCAUUUUCUACAACGAUAAUAACUUCUGAUAGCAAUCUGUAACAUGGAACAUUGCUGCUGAUGUCGAGAUAA